AUGGAACCUGUUUCGGGCACGAAUCCCCAGCUCUCCCCGUUUCCCCUCGGGGUGCCGGUCAUCCCACCUGCAGUGUCUUCGGCAGUGUCUCACUUCUUGCACACGGGGGACUUGAAGGUAACCAAGGAAAAUGCCUACCCACUGUUAUUUUGGGGACACGUCCUCCAGAUGCCAUUUGUUGUGGAGCUCAGCAGACUAUUCCUCUUGCAAAACUCAGUUCUCAGUUUGGAUCAAGCCCAUUCAGGGACAACUGAAGAAGCCUUUGAGCCAGUGGCUGGCAGCAGUAAAUCACCUCAUCCUUCAUUCUUUGAGGCCGAGAUGAAGCAAGCGAUGAAAGGAGAGGAGGAGAACGAGCGUUGCUGCUGCGACGGGCCGGUGACGUUCCAACGCGUGCUCAACCAGAACUACGGCAUCACCAUCAGCGAGGACGCGUCCGGAGACGGCGACGACGUCGACCCCGACGCAGACCCGCAGGACGUCGUCGACGCCGGGUCCGUCGGCGCCAGCGCGCACCUCGUGGCCGCCUCCCUCCAUCGCCGAAUCUACAAGUGCCUCUACUGCCGGCACUCGUUCAAGAGCGUCUACUGCUACCAGAAGCACAAGCGGCGUCACAUCAACCCAGUGACCGUGGAAGGUCGAGGACCGAUCGACCCGAGCAGGGUCAGACUCAAGGACCUCAACGUCCAGUACUUUCCUUGCAAGUCCUGCGGAGCCAAGUUCCCGUCUUAUUACUUCGUCCACAAGCACCGCAAGACCUGCCACCCUGAAGCCUAG